CUCCCGCGGACUGCACCGUUAUUAUUCUAGGAGCGAGCGACACCGAAACUAUGUCAAGCGAACACGAGACACCGAGCUCCUCCGCCUUCAACGAUCCCUCCUGAUUUCUGAAUACAUUACUGAAAACAAAGUCUACGAACGAACAGUCAGAUGAUAUCUCUGGAAGCAAAAUAUUGAGAUGAUGUUUUAUCUUCCAGACAAGGACACGGGGGCUUGUGGACGGACCACUGGAGUGUGUUUGUGUGAACAUCAGCUCCCACAGGACGACUCCAGUGUGAAGUGUGUUCAGUGCGGUAACAGAGCCAUGAUCACCAGAUACUCAGAGGGUUACGGCACAGAGGAGGAGUGUGUCCAGCCUCAUCUUCAGGGAGACAGCGAUGCAGACGCAGACAUCGAGGACACGGACAGCAGGCUCCAGAUUGUGGGCUCCCUCCAGCGAAUCAGCUCCCGGAAGAGAAAGCGUCAGCGAAUCACGCGGCAGGACACAACGGAGAGCGAAGACGAUGGUGGGCGGAGCCACAGGACGCACCGCUGGAGUCUACGACUCAGUCCUCAUCGCACACAUAACAGGACCAUCCUGGAGGAGAGUGUUUCUCAGGUGCGUCCGCUGGUAAUCUGUCGCUGUGCUGCUCGAGAGACCGUCCCGGACCACAAACCCCACGGUGGACGAUGGCUCCUGACACUGUUCCCCGUUCCUCUUUCUCUCUCUGUGUCCUGUUAUCUGCUCAUCGUGCCUCUCUCCGUGUCCAUUAUCAUCGUUCUCGUGUCUGUCCUCCUGCCGCUCACAGAUACUUGACAUUGCCUUGAGCAUCACUGCUUAACCCUCUUCACAGUGUAGAUCGAUUCAUUUCUUUUAGUUGUGUCUAUGUUUACUGUGAAAGACCCUUUUAUACAGUGUCAUCUAUAGAAACCACAUGAAGAAAAAAGCUUUGGUAAAUCAUUAUGAGAUAAAAAGUCGAAAUUGUGACACAUCAUGUCAUAAGGAGAUAAAAACACAUAAUUAUGAGAUAAAAUCAGAAGUGUGACACCAAGUCAUAAUUAUAUAAAACGCCAGAAAUAUGACAUUCUUAUUAUAACUUAUUACAUACAUAUUUUAUAGUUUUGAGAUAAAAAACUAAAUGUCAAACACAGAGUCUAUCAUGAGAUACAAAAUGUCAAAUAAUGACAAAAAUCACAUCAUACCAAGUCAUUAUGAGAUAAAGAGUCACAAUUAUAAUUGUUCACAUUUAUGAGAUAAUAUAUAAAACAAUUCAAUUAUGAGAUAAAUAUAAAAAAUUAUCAUAAUCAAGAAAUAUUUAAAAUAAUGACAAAAAUUCAUGACAAACUAAAUCAUUUUGAGAUAAAAGUCAAAAUUAUGAUAUAAUAGGUCACAUGUAUGAGAUAAGUCAAACCUAUGACAAAAAUUACGAGAUAAAAUAAGCCUUUAUUUCUUUUAAAAUAAUAGCUUCGUAUGGCAUAUUUAUAACUUUUUAUGUCAUAAUUAUGACAUUAUCUUAUGUGGUGUAAAUGGGCUCCUGUAGUUGUUGGACACCAAAGACAUUUGAAAGCACAAGGUGAUCAGGAGUGUAAAACUGCACUGAUACUGUAUUUAUGUGAGGGAAUACUGCGUCAAAAAGAUGUUUCCACAUUUAACUGUGUUUAACAAAGAGAUAUACAUAUAUGAAGUAAGGCCUCUCUUCACAAGGACAAAUGACUGCAGUUGUGUUCAGUUACAUUUCACAUUGAAAUGAUGUCAUUGGCUGUUCAUAACAAAGGCACGAGAGCUCAGUUUGAUUGGCUUAGCUGCUAAGCAAGAUAAACACACUAUAGGCUUAUAUUUUUGUAAAAUAGGAAAUAUUUAAAUAAUUAUGUACUUGUUUCUUUGAAAUGUGGAGCAGUUUCUCCCUUACAGAAGAGUGAUAGAGUAAGAGUUGCAGUUUCAAACUCACUCAAGCAAGGAACGUAUUCCCAAAUUGAUAUUUAAGUAUAUUAUUGAAGUAUAAUUAAGUAUUGUAACACCCCUGCUCGUGCUACUUGAAACAUUGUUGUUUUAUGAUUAAUCAGAUUUCAAUAUAAAUGCAUUUCUCUCUGCAGUUUUUAAAGUCAACAUGAAAUGCAUUCUCAAUCUGUUUUACUCCUCAAAGCAGGACUUGAUCUCAUUCAUCAGAGUUUGAUGUGAGGAGUUUAGUGCAUCUGAAGAGGUUUUUUGACCUGGAGUGUGGAAGGUCAUGUUCACCCUCAUCUGCCAUUAUUGCUAUGACCUUUAGUUCAUUGUGAAGUCAUUUAAUGCUGGUUAAAGAUUUCAGAAAGCAGUUGAAUAACUCUUCGACAGCCUUGAUGUCAAGUGUAAAAGAAAGUCAUUUCAGGGAUGAAGAAAAUUCAAUGAAAGAUUAAAAGCGUGGACAAAAAGACGAGGAACAUGAGGAAAGUGUCUUUUAUGUUGAUUGAACAUCAGUAAGAACAGCUCAGAACCACAUCAUCAUGAAGUGAAUCGCUCCUCGUGUCUGUCGAACCUCUCAGAGUCAUCAGAAGUAGAGCUGUUAUCUAAGUCUCUAUGCUGUGUGUGUGUGUGUGUGUGUGUGUGUGUGUGUGUGUGUGUGUGGGAGAGAAGCACAUCAGGACCAAAGGCCCACUGUCACAUGUGGGCUGAAUCUAUGCAGGCGUCAAUCUUCUUACAAACUCUUUUUGGUGUAAAUAAUCUCGUGAGAGUUUUCUUUGCUCUUGCUUGCGUCUUUAAUCUGUUCCUGUCUCUUCAUCGUGUCGCUCAUGAUCUGUUCUCUGUGGAAAGGGCUGUUGUUUGUCUCACACUGGCUCGCUGUAAAGACCACUGCAGUAUUUCAGUCAGUGACUCAUUUGAACCGUCUCCAGAUGCAAUAUUCACUGACAGACGCACAAGUGUGACUCAGGUCAGAUGAGUGCAGACAAAGCUUUCCCGUAAUCCAUCAUCAUUAGUUCAUUAGCCGAGUGUGAACAUUCACAAUUUACCCAAUUUAUCAGCAGUAUGUUUAUGAGUGAUUUUAACAUUCUGCGUCUGUUCCUCGUUCCAGCCUAUUUUAGAUUUCACAUUUCUUCAUAUUUGCUUAAUGCUUCUCUUCCUUUUUAUUUGAUGUAUUUUUCCCCCGGUGAAAAUUAUAUUGUAAAAGGAGACUGUAAAGUUGUAAACUGAAUUAAAAUUAAAAAAUAAAAUUAUAGUUU